AUGAGCGACAGUCAUCUCGGUACUUUCUCUGCGGGUCUUAAUGACAGUUCUGCCAAAGUUGAUGAGAAAAAUGUGGUGCUCGAGCGACAAUUUAGUGAUGAUUUUGGUAUGCAAAGCUACUCGCAUGAUAAACUUGCUGCUACUAAAAGCAUUGUCAUCCGUAAAGCUGAACUAAUGGCAAAUGAGUACAAUACUUGGUGGUUGAAAUCUGCCUUUGUGUUCUCGGCAUUCUUCUGCUCCUUUGCUUAUUCACUCGACAGUAUUAUAAGAGACAUAUAUAUGUCCUACGCAUUGAAUGACUACGAAACACAAGCUCUGGUCUCGACAGUUGAUGUUGUCAGUUCAGUGAUUUCUGCCGUAGGGCAGAUUUUCUUUGCAAGUUUAUCAGACAUAUUUGGCAGACUGUCCCUAUUUGUUGUGUCCAUUGUCCUAUAUGUCGUUGGUACAGUCAUUCAAUCUCAGGCUUAUGAUGUCAAGAGAUAUGCCGCAGGGUCAAUCUUCUACAAUAUAGGGCUUGUUGGCGUGUUGUUCCAGGUUGCCAUUAUCUUGUCAGACUGCUCAUCAUUGAGAUGGAGACUGUUUUACAAUUUUGUACCAGCAUGGCCAGCUCUGAUAACGGUGUGGAUAUCCGGAAACGUCAUUUCUGUUGCAAAUCCUCUAGAACACUGGUCGUGGGGAAUUGCUAUGUGGGCAUUCAUCUUUCCCGCUAGCUGUGUUCCCUUGAUAGGUUGCAUGCUUCACAUGAGGUGGAAGGUGAGAAAUAAUCCCGAAUGGAAGAAGCUGCAAGAAGAAAAGACAUUCUUUCAGUCCCACGGAUUUGUAAAAUUCAUUGUACAAUUGUUUUGGGCAUUAGACGUUAUCGGUGUUUUACUAUUAACGGUUUGCACAGGAUGUAUCCUUGUGCCUCUGACAAUUGCUGGAGGCGUCACUACAAGUUGGCGCAGCGCUAAAGUAAUUGCUCCAUUUGUUUUAGGCUUCGUGUUGGUUCCUGUUUUCAUCUACUGGGAGAGUAAAUUAGCCGCGAAGCCGUUGGCACCUUUUAAGCUCUUAAAAGACAGAGGUAUUUGGGCGCCUCUUUCCAUUUAUUUUUUGAUUGCUUUCGUUUACGAGAUGGCCGCAGGUUACCUCUACAAUAUUCUAGUUGUGGCCUCAAAUGAAACAGAUCUGUCAGCAACAAGAAUAUCAAGCUUGUACAGUUUUUCCGCAGCUAUCUGCUCGCCUUUGGUUGGGAUUGCCGUCGCAAGAUCAUCGAGAAUGAAAACAUACACUAUCGUGGGUUGCUCCCUCUACUUCGUGACCAUGGCACUAUUCUAUCAUUAUAGAGGAGGUGAUAAUAGUGGUAAAGGUAUGAUUGGAGCCAUGGUCGUUUGGGGAAUUACGAGCUGUUUGUAUGACUAUCCAAUUAGUGUCAUCAUCCAAACGGUCACGUCACAUGAACUUUUGGCAACAGUAGCAGCAUUGAACCAAGCUGUAUUUGGUAUUGGUGGUGCCGUUGGGGCUGCUGUUUCUGGAGCUAUUUGGACUCAGAUCUUGUAUCCUCGUUUAUUAAAGGCUUUAGGUGACGCUGAUAUAGCUGAAGCAGCCUACGACUCGCCUUUGAGUUUCAUUACUGAAUAUGAAUGGGGUACACCAGUCAGAACGGCUACUGUGGAGGCCUAUCGCUAUGUUCAAAAGUAUGAAGUAUUAGUGGGUCUUGUAUUCGUCGCCCCUAUGUUUAUAUUAACCUUCUUCUUGAGAGAUCCUCUGUUGACUAAUGAUUACGGACAGAAAUUGAAAGAAGGUGAGUAUAUUAAGGAAAAUGACGAUCCCAUUUCGAUUUGGCUUGCUAAACGCUUCUCGGCGCUAAGAAAAAAUUAA